GCAACCAUAGUAUUCCUUUGAUGUCUGCUGCCGGUUUCGCUUACAACUUUCUUAACGCAGCAUCUUCUUCGCUCACCCGCCCUUAUCUCACUUCCUCUCGCAUUCUCCCCAUCCUCUCUUUCUCUCUUCUUCCGCGGCCGCCGCCGCCACCACCUAGGUACUUUUUCAGUUGUUGUAGAAGAAUUUUCUCCAUGGCUGGUGAUUCCAAGGCCAAAACGGGUGAUCCAAAGGCUAAAACUGGUGAUUCUAAGGCUAAAACUGGUGAUCCAAAGGCUAAAAAUGCUCAGAAGAAGAAGAAGGAAGUGAAGAAAGAGACUGGAUUAGGGUUAACUUACAAGAAAGAUGAGAAUUUUGGGGAGUGGUAUUCUGAGGUUGUCGUGAAUGCUGAAAUGAUCGAGUAUUACGACAUUUCUGGAUGUUACAUUCUGAGGCCGUGGACUAUGUCGAUUUGGGAGGCUAUGCAAGAAUUUUUUGAUGCGGAAAUCAAGAAGAUGAAGAUCAAGAAUUGCUAUUUCCCGCUGUUCGUCUCACCUGGUGUUUUGGAGAAGGAAAAGGAUCACAUUGAGGGUUUUGCCCCCGAGGUUGCAUGGGUAACAAAGUCUGGACAAUCUGACUUGGAGGUUCCUAUUGCUAUUCGUCCCACUAGUGAGACUGUUAUGUACCCAUACUAUUCAAAGUGGAUCAGGGGACACCGUGACUUGCCUCUAAGACUGAAUCAGUGGUGUAAUGUAGUCCGCUGGGAGUUCAGCAAUCCUACUCCUUUUAUCAGGAGUCGUGAAUUUCUCUGGCAAGAAGGCCAUACAGCUUUUGCAACACUGGAAGAGGCAGAUGUUGAGGUUCUCGAUAUAUUGGAACUCUACCGGCGAAUAUAUGAAGAGUUUUUGGCUGUUCCGGUUGUCAAGGGAAAGAAAAGUGAAUUGGAGAAGUUUGCAGGUGGAUACUACACAACAAGUGUUGAGGCAUUUAUUCCAAACACUGGACGUGGUGUUCAAGGUGCAACCUCACAUUGUUUGGGUCAAAAUUUUGCAAAGAUGUUUGAAAUCACUUAUGAAAACGAGAAAGGAGAGAAGGCAAUGGUCUGGCAGAACUCAUGGGCGUACAGUACCAGAACGAUAGGGGUCAUGGUGAUGACACAUGGUGAUGACAAAGGCUUAGUUUUGCCACCUAAAGUAGCAGCUGUCCAAGUCAUUGUGGUACCUGUUCCUUUCAAAGAUGCUGAUACACAAGGAAUCAUUGAUGCUUGUGCUGCUACUGUCAAAACUUUAACUGAAGCAGGCAUUCGGGCUGAGGGAGAUCUUAGGGAUAACUAUUCUCCAGGCUGGAAGUACUCACACUGGGAGAUGAAAGGUGUUCCUUUGAGGCUUGAGAUUGGACCAAAAGAUUUGGCCAAUAAUCAGGCUCGUGCUGUUCGACGUGACAAUUCGGCCAAGAAGGAUCUACCCAUGGCAAAUUUGGUCGAUCAGGUGAAAGAAUUGUUGGAUACAAUUCAACAGAACAUGUUUGAUCUUGCGAAGGAGAAGAGAGAUGCGUGUGUUAAAGAAGUUAGGACAUGGGAUGAGUUUGUGGAAGCGUUGGCACAGAAGAAACUGAUUUUAGCUCCUUGGUGUGAUGAAGAGGAAGUUGAGAAAGAUGUCAAAGCUCGAACAAAAGGAGAGAUAGGGGCUGCUAAGACUCUGUGUUCACCAUUUGACCAGCCAGCACUGGAAGAAGGUACCCUUUGCUUUGCCUCUGGAAAGCCGGCUAAGAAAUGGACAUAUUGGGGCAGAAGCUACUAGAUUACUAUCUUUGUUGUUCUCAUAUUUUCGUACAUCACUGAUAAUAUUGUGUGUUUUCUCCAAGUACUCUCUUUAUAUUGUAGACAGGUGUUCGACGUUUUCAUAGUCUACCAGAACGGGUAGCUGUUGUUCGAGACUUCGUAAAACAUGUCAAUGCCUCGAGAUCUUGAUUUGAGGAAAAAAAAGAUUUUUUUUACAGUA